ACUCGUCCUCGCAGUGCCUUCUCUAUUCCCAAACCUUCACAACCCCAACAACACCAAAGUAACCACAUUCCACCCCUUUUCCUCACUCACCCACUUCAUCGUUUUCAACCAUGUCGCUCAAUUUCCGCCAAAGUUCGCGCCUUUCUCUCCCAAUCAAUGAUCUCUGCGAAAAUCCUCCUACAUCGCAGUUAUGGGCUUCACAGAGUUCAUUUUCAUCGACAUAACUUCAAUUUCAACCGUAAUUAUGAUUUUAACCGGCGUGGUUGGAGAUCAUGGUUCCAAAGGCCAACACCUGAUGACAUGGUUCUGGGCUUGAUUAUAGCUAAUGUGGCUAUUUUUUUAUUAUGGAGGAUAGCAGAUGAAAAGCUUAUGAAAAAAAAAACUUUAACGAGAAUUAGUAUGGAUUUCAUCAAACAUCAAAAUAGUAGUGAUUUCUGGUGGGCUACUUUACCAACCGACAUGUUGUCAAAUAGCGGCUAUUGCGCCGUAUUACGUUUUUGCGGAUCGGAUUUUAGGCUUCCCACCGUGCAAUGGUUAUUGGGUUGCGGUUUCGCCAUUUCCAUGGCGGCCGCUAUACAUGUGACGGACACUAGGAACAGUCUCUCUUUCCUCCAUUCACCUUCUUUCUUUGCUGAAACGAAAGACAGAGCACAAUACAGGCACUCAUUUCUUAUCACCCACUCAGGGCGUGUCCUCUGCCUGUUAUCUCCAGCAACUACUGUUGCCUCCGGCGCUUCUCCAGUCUCUUGGGACAAUCUUCCGAGUGGACGUUUGCACACAUUUAUUACCAAUGCAUUCUGUCACGUAGAUACUUGGCAUAUGAUUUCCUACAUGGUUAAACUCUACUUCUUUGGAAGGAAUGACAAGAGACCCAUGAUCUUGUCAAAGGGAUUGGGGGCAAGUGGAGCUGUGAAUGCCGUUAUGCUGCUUGACAUUUUCCUCUUUCCGAAAGCUACCAUUCACAUUGACAUGUUUUUUCCAGUUCCUGCAGUCUUUCUGGGCAUCUUUUUGAUUGGGAAAGAUAUGCUAAGGAUAAUAAAGGGAGACAGUACAAUAUCAGGAUCUGCACAAUUGGGGGGUGCUGCAGUUGCAGCCAUUGCUUGGGCAGGAUUUAAGAAAGGAAGAUUCUAUUAA